CGCUCCCUCAGGCCGCGGACGCGAUGCUGGGUGCUGCGGCUCGGCCGGCGGGAUCGGCGGCGAUGUGACGGGCGGCCUCUCGUCUCCCCUUCCGUCCUCGGGCCCGCAGGUCGCUGGGCGACCCGCAACCGAGGAGGCAGCGCGAUCCCCGCACGGCUGCCCAGCCAAUUAGGCUUGCUGUCCCCAGACUAGGCCUUCGCAGUGUGGAAAUUACUGAUGCACGGACUCUUCUUCGUGGCCCCAGAUUGAAAUGCUGGUGUUUCACUCCUAUAGAUUCCGUCAAACUGUAAGAACAAAUGCACCUUUUAGCUCAUGGAAGAAAAAACACAAAUCAAGACAUUUUUGGGUUCCAAGUUGCCAAAGUAUGGAACAAAAUCUGUAAGAAGUUCACUGCAGCCAUUACCAAAUGGAACACCUGUUAACUUAUUAGGAACAUCCAAGAGUAGUAAUGUCAAAAGCUACAUUAGAAAUAAUGGCUCUGAUUGUCCAUUGUCCCAUUCAUUUAAUUGGAGAAAAGCAAAUAAGUACCAGCUUAGUACACAAAGUGCUGAAGAUCCUAAGAAUCCUAACAAUACUCAGAAUUCACAUGAUAAAUUAAUUGAUCCUGAGAAACAUGCUCCUACUCAAGGAGUGUUUGAUAGGAAUGGGAUAAAGGGAGGUUUGAAAAGUGUUUCUUUACUUACAUCAAAGUUAGCAAAGCCACCCACUAUGUUUGUGUCAUCUGCAGAGGAGUUGAACCAGAAGUCUUUUUCUGGACCAUCUAAUUUGGGUAAAUUCACCAAAGGCACGUUAUUGGGAAGGACUUCGUAUUCCUCAGUCAGUGCUCCCAAACCACAGUUGAAUGGAUUUUAUGGAAACAGAUCAGCUGGUAGCAUGCAAAGGCCUAGAGCUAACUCUUGCGCUACCAGAAGCAGUUCUGGAGAAAGCUUAGCCCAGUCCCCAGACAACAUUAAAUCUAUUACUUGUGAAAAAAUGGUAAGGUCACAAAGUUUUUCCCAUUCCAUUCAGAAUUCAUUCCUUCCACCCUCAUCUAUAACCAGAUCACAUUCCUUCAAUCGAGCUGUAGAUCUUACAAAGCCUUAUCAGAACCAACAGCUACCCGUUAGAGUGCCUCUGCGGUCAAGUAUGCUAACAAGACAUUCCCGGCAAUCAGAAGUACUCAAUGGGAAUGAACAUUUAGGAUAUGGAUUUAAUAGGUCUUACGCUGCUGGUGGAAAGAAGUUGGCUUUACCAAAUGGCCCAAGUGUAACUUCCACUUUGGGUUAUAGGAUGGUUCAUCCCACUCUACUGAAAUCUAGCCGACUUCCAUUUCCUGGAACUAUCACAGUUGAUAGUAAUAAAAAUUCAACUGCUGACACUUGUAUAGAGGAAGAUGCUACAGUUUUGACUAAGGACAGAACUACUGAUAAGGACCAAGAACUAAUUGAAAAUGAAAGUUACAGAACGGAAAAUGGCCAGACCAUGAAACACGAUGGUAAAAUUAGAUACCUGAGUGAUGAUGUGGAUGACAUUUCCUUAUCUUCUUUGUCGUCUUCUGAUAAGAAUGAUUUAAGUGAAGACUUUAGUGAUGAUUUUAUUGAUAUAGAAGACUCCAACAGAACUAGAAUAACUCCAGAGGAAAUUUCUCUCAAAGAAGAAAAACAUGAAAAUGUACCACCAAAGGAUAUAUUUGAUUCUUGCAAGGAAAAUGAAAAAUCCUUCAGUAAAACUGAUGAAUGGAUUGACAUCAGUGUCUCUGACAAGAGUGAAUGUACCAAACACACUUCUGGGAAUAACUUGAUUUCACCAGAUACAGACUAUAGAGCUGGUUCUUCAUUUGAGCUAUCUCCAUCUGAUAGCUCUGAUGGUACCUACAUGUGGGAUGAGGAGGGCUUGGAACCCAUUGGAAGUGUCCAUCCUGUUGGGAGCUAUGAUUCCUCCGAAAUGAACAGCAUAGAUAUUCUGAAUAAUCUUGAAUCAUGUGACCUUGAGGAUGAUGACCUUAUGCUUGAUGUGGAUCUGCCUGAGGAUGCUCCUCUUGAAAAUGUGGAGUGUGACAAUAUGAACCGUUUUGACCGAUCAGACAGAAAUGUUCGGCAGUCUCAGGAAGGAUUUUGGAAAAGGCCACCCCAGCGGUGGAGUGGACAGGAGCACUACCAUCUCAGCCACCCUGACCACUAUCAUCACCAUGGAAAAAGUGACUUGAGCAGAGGCUCUCCCUAUAGAGAAUCUCCUUUGGGUCAUUUUGAAAGCUAUGGAGGGACCCCCUUUUUCCAGGCUCAGAAGAUGUUUGUGGAUGUACCAGAAAAUACAGUGAUACUGGAUGAGAUGACCCUGCGGCACAUGGUCCAGGAUUGCACCGCUGUGAAAACUCAGUUACUCAAACUGAAACGUCUGCUGCAUCAGCAUGAUGGAAGUGGUUCAUUACAUGACAUUCAACUAUCAUUGCCGUCCAGUCCAGAACCAGAAGAUGGUGAUCAAAUAUAUAAGAAUGAAGAUUUAUUAAAUGAAAUUAAACAACUUAAAGAAGAAAUAAAGAAAAAAGAUGAAAAAAUCCAACUAUUAGAACAUCAGCUUGCAACUCGGUGUAACUGCCACCAAAAAUCUAAAGAGGAAAAAUGCACUUACGCUGAUAAAUACACCCAGACUCCCUGGAGAAGAAUUCCUCCUCAAGUACUACAGCCUUCCAGCAGCCUUCCCAGACCCACAGAUCACGCCCAGGGAAAACUAAUAAAGCCGCAACCUACCGAGGCCCGCAGUGAGUGUGCAGCCCAGGGCACGCAUCAGGGCAUCGCACCUCUGGAUGAAAGCUUUACGCACAGCUUACGGCAAGAAAGCAGCUGCGGUUUGGAAGACCGGCCUUUUCCAUCAAGCCCACAGUUCAUGAUGGAUGUGGCUAAGAGGACACCUUCUGAAGCAAACUUGAACGUGACCGUGAAUGCUCAAGAGCCUUAUCAUUUGGCAAAGAAUCAACCUAGUGACAUGCAGUUUGUAGCUACUUCUCUUCAGACAGCUCCUCAAUCAAGUACAGUAGACCAGGCUGAGAGAGUUGGACGAGAUCAGUCUCCACCAGUGGGCUACCCUUCUCAGCCCAAGUCUUUGCAGCUUUUAAAGCCAUCCAUUCUGAAUUCUUUGGCACCUCCUCCAGAUUCGGAAUCAUCUCCAAAUCGGACUCCUCCCACUUGUAAGAAGUCACUGAUAAUCGCACCAUGUCAUUCAGCAAAACUUCAGCCAACAUCUAGUCCAGCAAAUCUUGCAAGUAAUCUGAAAGUGUCUAAGCUCCGCCCCCCUUCCUGCUCUUUCAAACAGAAACAAGUAACCAUCCCCCGAAUAGAGCCUCAAAACGUCCAGGCCAAGACCAGCAUCCCAAGGCCACUCACACGACAAAAAGAAAUCAUGCAGAAUCCGAAUGGCAACUUGCAUUCUGGGGAUUGUUUGGCCUCCAAUCGUUAUUCUCGUCUUCCUAAACCAAAGAUACAUUAAGUACAUAGCCAUCACCUGCCACUUUGUGUUUUGAAACACAGUCUUCUGUAAUAGCUUUACGUACAGUUUACUACCACGGUGGAGGUUCCAUUGAAAGCCUGCAAAUCUUACAAUUAAAAUGUGGAAGUUUCUACUAGUUGGGCUCUUCCAUUUAUUUUAUAGCCUGGGCUGAAGUAUGUACCAGUUGAGCAUCUUGUCUCAGGUAAACACAAGUUUGCUUACCCAUCCCAGAGGUCCACCAAAGGCUGUCACCAUGUUAUCCACCUGCUGUACAUCAGAAAACUCACAAUAGCCACUUAGCAGAUGAGUCCUGUUAAGUCCGUAUUUCUUGUGGUUGUCCGAACCUCACCCCUUCCCACUUGUCUCUCCUGUGAACAUGGCUACUAUUGGAACUAAAGACGUGGUGAUCAUGGACGAUGGUCGUCUGUAAGCAGAGUUCUGGCCAGUGUUUUGUAUAUUUAAAGGUCUAUGCAAAAGCUUUGUGAUGAAUAAAGGAGAUCAGGCUUUUAAUGGGAA